AUGGCCAGCCUCGCGCGAGAUGCUGCAUUGUUCACGAAUGCACUGCACAGACAAGACUACACAUCGUGGCACUCGCAGCCGCCUCCCCUACAGCCGCCGCAGGCAGCAGCUGAGCCCUCUGAUUCGCAGCCAAAGUCGAAGAAAAAGCGGCCGAAAGCAAAUGUCGUUUAUUCGCAACCUGCAGAUACAGGCACAGGCACCAAUGUCAACACCCAGCUCGUGUACGCCGUGAAUCAUCUCAAGUCAAAUGGCAAUCCCAUGCGACUGCAGGACUUGGCAAUCAUAACGAGCACCCCUCUCGACACCGACAAGGUCCUUCUUGAGAAGUUCAGAGCACAUGACCGUGUCGUGCAUGACCCAAAGACAGAUCUAUAUUCAUAUCGUCACGACUACAACGUACGCAACAAAGCGGCACUCUUGACCGAGAUCCAGCGUCAAACACGGAAAGGUGGCGGGCUUUCCGUGCGGACGCUGAAGGAGAGCUGGAAGGAAGCACCACAAGCUGUCGAAGAGCUCGAGAAGGAAGGUGAUGUGUAUGUCACUCGGACGCUCAAGGACGGUCAGAUGCGGAUGGUAUUUUGGAAUGAGAUCAAGGCGGACGAGGAAAACGGUGGAAUGCCGGUGGAAAAGGAAUUCAACGAUCUCUGGCAUGGCCUCACUGUCCCGAACGACGUGGAUCUUCUGAAGCAACUUGCAUCGGAAGGUUUGCAAGCUACUGCUGCUGAGACCCUCGUUCCCAAGGGGCCCACCAAAAAGAAGGGAAAGAAAUCUGCGCCCCGGCAGCGCCAGGUGCGCAUUACGAACACACAUUUGAAAGGGCAGAUAGACCUUUCGCGGGAUUACGUUGCGCCGAGCUUGAAAUGAGCAGCUUGGCUAGCGGCGGCGGUCUCGAUCUUCUUUGGUCUUACAUCAUUGUUUUACACGUAGUGUAUUUUACUAUCAUACGCUUAAGUAACAUGGACACCUCUUAUCACAUCAUGGACAGGGCGCGUGUAGUUUGUGUUAGCCGUACGUACUAGUAAUGUGCGCUCGACAACGUUGAGAAUGU